CUUCGGGCUGAGAGAGGACAUUUCUCCUCUAAGUAAUGAGAGGUGGUCUACUACACUCCUUCUGGUGGACACCACCCCUUUGAAGAUCCACUUGGUGAUGAACUUGAACAUAAUGGAAACAUAAUCAAGGGGACUUACACACUACAACAUGUGUCAGGUGAGGUGGCAAAAGACCUGAUUGAGUGGAUGAUCACUGAAGACCCUGAGAAGAGACCUACAGUGGAGGAGACCCUGGAUCAUCCCCUCUUCUGGGAACCACACAGGAGAUUGGAUUACUUUAUCAAAAUUGGGAAUCAGGAUGAGGCAGAGAACCAUCUUAAUGCUGACCCAGAGCUCGUUCAAGCUCUGGACCAAGGUGUUGAGAAGAGAUCCUUCUAUCAGUGGAAAUCCAAGCUGCCCCAUGUGUUGAUCCAGAAGAUGGAUGGUAAAAGGAAGGCCUACACUGACAGCACAUUGGAGUUACUGCGCUUCAUACGCAAGCUAGAUGCACACUAG